AACAGGGCAGAACAAAAGAUGGCUGUUCGGCAAAUAUCUGAGUCAGUGUAUGUAGGAAUGUGUCUCGAAUUAGGAACCCCACAACAGGUGGCCUCCAAGAGAGAAAUAGUGGACAUAAAGGAGAUGUUGGAAAACCACGCAGUGUUAAAUCAACCGUUCACAAUGAUGCUGAGUGGGAGUCAAAGAGAAGGAUUCAGACUGAGUGGAUCAGAUAGAGACAACAUGGUUUGGCCAAACAACCACCGAGUGAUCUGGGACUUCUCUCAGUGUCAGUUUUACAACAUACAAGAACACGCGUUGAUUCUCUGUGACAGUUCUGAGAGUCCACCAGGAUUCACUUUACUAUGGUUACCAUUAGAAAUAGCGCACAGAAGUGUGAUGUCAGCGUGUGUAAGGAUGAAUGGAGGACUGUAUAUAUCAAGUUCAAAGUUAAUAGAGAACUUGUGUUCUUUAACUACUACUAUGGGAUAUGAUAUGACAGCCCAUGGACCAUGUAUUAGUGGAUUGAUUGAUGGUGUAUUAGAAAAUGAUGAAGCUCAUUGCUUUGCUAGUGAUUUCUGGCCUCCAUCUGCCUCCACAUGGAUAGACCGAUGUCACUCAUGGCCCCCACCUCAUGUUGUCAAUGACAUUAUUAGAAAUGGAUGUCACUUUGUAGCGAUAGGACACAAACUAGGUAAUCAUACAGACAAUGAAUGGAGAGUUUCUUUCUCUCGGGCGGAAUACAAACUUGCCUACUCAAUGAAUCACACACAAUUCUUAACGUAUGGAUUACUGAAACUGUUCCUAAAAGAAAUAAUUAACAAUGGAUUAAGAGAUGAAGAUAAACUACUGUGUUCCUAUCACAUAAAAACCGCUGUUUUCUGGGCGAUUCAACAAAAUACACUACUUCAAUGGUGUCCACAAAAUUUCCUGGUCGGUUUCUGGGUCUGCUUUAAACUUCUUCUUAAAUGGGUGUACGAGGGAGUGUGUCCCAACUUUUUUAUUCCAGAAAACAAUAUUUUCCUUAGCAGCAUCUAUGGUGAAGCUCAAAGGACAUUAUUCUGGCGAUUAUAUAGGUUGUAUGAGAAGGGCCUAGCACUGCUGUUACACAGUCCCUCCAUCAGGUCCUACAUCAUUAAUGUUCUGUGUAAUCCUAGACUCACAAUUUGUACUGAUGAACACACUAUGAUAUCUGAGGUUGAACUGGACAUAGAUAUUUUAAAUGAAAUAUAUGCAAGGGAUUCAACAGAAACACAAAACCUUCAGUUGAAUAAGAAUUACCUACAUGUAGUGGAACAGUUAAUUGGUUUACCUCUGACACAGAAUCACAUUGUCAUGUUACAGAAACUUACAGCCACCAUCUUUCAGCAUUCCGCAUUUAUAUUACAUAGCAUGUACAUUAACACAGGUGUUAACAAACAGUUGUAUAUUGUAGACAAAGUCGCUUGCCAUUUGCUGAAAUUGACAGCCAAGUUUGGGUUUGUGUCUGAAAUGCUGUACAUUGCAAUUCAUUAUCAUAAGACAUUCAGAUAUAGGGAAGCUUUAUCAGUUUUGGAUUUAACAAAGGUCAAGCUAGCACAACCAUAUCUAAUGUAUAAUCAUCAUGUAGACCAAGAGCUGUACACUGAGGCUGUAGGGGGACAGUCCUUGUCUACAAAGAUGAGACAAGCCGUAGCACAAGAUGUCGGACUUGACAAUGAAAUCUUUUACAUUAAUGAGUUAAUGCAAGAACAGCAGUCGAGUAAUCAAAACAACCGCCCUGUAAUAAACAUUCCAUCCCUCGUACUGUUGUAUAUGUUAGAGUUUUUGUGCUCUAGACAUGCUGACACGAUUCGAGCACAACGAGCUUUAGAUGAUCUGCAGGUCCUAGUCCACCAUGAUCAGGGGGAGUUAAUACAUGUACCUCUCAGAGACAUCUCUUGGGAGAUUCUUGGAAUCUGUCAACAUAUCUCAGGGAACCUCCAUGCUGCCCUGUACUCAUAUCUACAGUCACUCAGUCAAAAUCCAUACAAUAAAAUACAAAACGCUACCUUACAGAGAAUUCAGGAUCUAAGUUUAUAAUCCUCGGCAAGCACGUAUAAAACUCCUGAUAAUGAUGGAUUUUUUGCAGUUUCCAAAUGUUCGUUUUACUUAAGGUGGCUCUAUACACCACUUUUUGAUGACGCAGUACGCAAAAAAGUAAAUCUGGAAGCAUGCAAUUCCGGUACUGGCUGAUUUAAACUGAGGCGAAUUGUAUGGGGACCGCUCUUUUGAAAAAAUUGU